UCUCGAACGACCCAAUUGCGUGGCUGGUCGAGCACUGGUGGCUGCUAUUGCUGACUUGUUGGGAUCAAAGACGAGCGAUGUUGGCGUACCUCGCGAAGCACGGCUCGUUCAAGGUCCUCGCGACGUCGUCCGCGACGUCCGUGCCCCUGCCCGAGCUCUCGGAGGCCCCGGAGGACCUCUCGACCAACUCGCUCGUGGCCGCCGUCGAGGCCAUCGAGAAGGCGCACAAGUCGCUGCCGAACCCGGGCACCUUUGAGAACGUCCUUGGCGAGGUCAAGUCGGUCUUGAUGCCGGGCACGUUUGAGGGCUUCCGCUUCGACUUCCAGCGCAACCUUGGCCCGCGCUUCGCGGUCAACCACGCGCUCCUCCUCGGCUGCCCGCAGAUCCCCGGCGGCGUCUACCAGUUUGGCGCGACGACCGUCGUCGGCGACGGCCCCGAACCCAUGCUCCUCCGCGGCCAAGUGUCGCACGACGGCUCGGUCGAUGCGCGCUGGCAUGCGCGCCUGAGCGACCACUUCAAGAUGCGCGCGCAGGCGCAGCUCAAGCAGGAGGCCCAUGCGUCGCAGGCGAUGGUCGACAUUGACUUUAGCGCGGCCGACUGCUCGGCCAACUUGAAGGUCGGCAACGGCCUCCUCCUCGGCGUCAACUACCUCCAGAGCGUCACGAAGGAGUGGGCGAUCGGCGGCGAAGGCUACUACUACGGCAAGCACCGCAAGACGAUCGCGUCGUACGUGGCCAAGUACACGGACGCCAAGUGGACCGGCAUUGCCUCGUACGGCUCGCAGGGCACGCUCCAGCUGCACUACCUCCGCAAGGUCUCGGACCGCGUCCGGCUCGCGACCGAGCUCGUGUACAACGCGCCGUCGGGCGAGGCUGCGAGCACGCUCGGUGUCGAGGUCGAUUUGCGCCAGACGCGCUUCGUCUCGAGCAUCGACCACACGUUCAAGCUUGCGACGUCGCUCGAGUGCAAGGUGCUGCCGCAGCUCCAGCUGCUCCUCUCGGCCGAAGGCACGCCGGCCGCGGACGAUCUGAAGUUUGGCUAUGGCUUUCAAUUUAUGAUGUAAAUAGCAAGAACGAUCAAUAGAGAACGACGAUGACUAGGUGGACCGUGGAAAGACGCAAACAUGUA